ACACGUUGUAGUGGUUGCUAACAACCUUAGUAGACUUUUUCAGACUAUUACGCGCGUUUGUUGACACUAUUUUUAUUUUUAUAUUUUUCGAUCUGAAGAAGAGGAAGAAGGACAACGAUACCUAUUUGCAACAACUAGAAUACAUAGUUAAAGUCACCGCCAGUCAUGAACAGGAAUCGUCAAUUGUUACUCUUCAUAGGGUUGGCAUUCCAUUUCUUUUAUUUAUGGUCGAUCUUUGAUAUUUAUUUUGUCCUGCCGUUAGUUCAUGGAAUGGAUCAUCAUAUUUCAACUGCGAAACCACCAGCUAAGAGAUUGUUUUUAAUAGUUGGGGAUGGUUUAAGAGCAGAUAAGACUUUCCAAAAGUUAACACAUCCAGGUACAGGUGAAUACAAAUACUUGGCUCCUUAUUUAAGGAGCAUUGUCGAAAAUGAAGGUACAUGGGGUAUUUCAAAUACUCGUAUGCCUACUGAAUCAAGACCAGGUCAUGUUGCCAUGAUUGCUGGGUUUUAUGAAGAUGUUUCUGCCGUCACUAAGGGUUGGAAAGAAAAUCCUGUUGAUUUUGAUUCAUUCUUUAACCAAUCAAAACAUACAUACUCCUUUGGGUCUCCUGAUAUUUUACCAAUGUUUGCCUAUGGUGAAGGAGUGGUUCCAGGUAGAAUUGAUGUUUGUAUGUAUGGUCAUGAAUUUGAAGAUUUCACUCAAAGCUCAAUUGAAUUAGAUGCAUUUGUUUUCAAACAUUUGGAUGAAUUAAUGACUGAACUGAAAACUAAUCAGACUUUACAUGAUGAAUUAACUCAAGAUGGUAAUGUGUUCUUCUUACAUUUACUUGGACCUGAUACUGCUGGUCAUUCUUAUCGUCCGUACUCGGCUGAAUAUUAUGAUAAUAUUGAAUAUAUCGAUGAAAAAUUAUCCAAAUUAAUUCCAAAGAUUCAUGAAUUCUUUGGUGAUGAUGAAACUGCCUUUGUGUUUACUGCUGAUCAUGGUAUGUCAGAUUUCGGUUCUCAUGGUGAUGGACAUCCAGAUAAUACAAGAACACCUUUAAUUGCUUGGGGUGCAGGUGUAAAUAAACCUAAGUUAAUCAAGGAUUUAUCGAGUCCAGAACAACAACUUUUAAAACAAGAUCCAAUUGCCAGUGGCUUCGAAGAUACUUAUUUUGAUACAUGGGAAUUUGAUCAUUUAGCUAGAAAUGAUGUUAAGCAAGCUGAUAUUGCCUCAUUAAUGGCUUACUUAAUUGGGGCAAAUUAUCCAGCUAAUUCAGUUGGUGAAUUACCCUUGAGUUAUCUUGAUACCGAUUCUGUUACGAAGAUUAAAGCCUUAUAUGCCAAUGCAUUGGCCAUUGUUGAACAAUAUUUUGUCAAAGAACAGGAAGUUUAUGAACAUCAGCUUAAGUUCAAGCCUUACAGACCAUUUGAAGAAAAGUCAAUUGCUCAUUAUAGAUCUGAAAUCAUUAAUUUAAUUGAUCAAUUAGAAACCAAUUAUGACGCUGCUAUUGAAGCGGAGGCAAUCCAACUCGCUGAAGAAUUAAUGAAAACUGCUUUAGAUGGAUUGAACUAUUUACAAACCUAUAAUUGGCUAUUAUUGAGAUCUAUUGUCACAUUAGGAUUCUUUGGAUGGAUUGUUUUCUCGUUCAACAUUUUCUUGAAGUUAUUCAUCUUAUCUGAGAAGGAGGUAAAACACUUUUCUAGUAACAGUAGUUUGUUAUUACAAUCAUUCUUUGUUAUAUUGGGUGCUGGAAUCAACUCAUUGUUGUUUUUCCAAGACUCUCCUUUCAACUACUAUAUGUAUGCUGCAUUCCCAUUAUACUUUUGGUACGAUAUCUUAAGUGAAAAGGUUAUCUUAGUAAAGGGAUGGAACAAAUUAUUCUAUGGUAUUUCCAACACAACCAAAGCUGUGGUGGCGUUUUCUUUUAUUGCUAUGUAUGAGGGUAUAGCUUAUGGUUUCUUUGAAAGAUUCAUGUUCUCAAUUAUUUUUGCAUUCAUUGGAUUAUAUCCAACUUUGAUUGAUAGUUUCGAAAAAAUAUCAACUCCUGUUAAAGUAUUCUGGUUUUUCAAUUGUUUGUUGAUGUGUAUUUUCACAAACUUAGAUCCUGUUAAAGUAGAAAGUUUGGUUCAAAUAAAUGUGGGGGCUGCAUUUGCUACUGUUGUAGCUCUUGCAGGAGUUUACAAAGUGUUCAAUCAGAAGAUUGAAUCCAUCCAUAAAACAUUGGUCCUUGCCCAAUUAUCAACUAUUCCUGUGAUCUUAUUUGCCACAAAUGUCUCUGUUUUAUCAUUACAAGCUAGAACUGGUUUACCAUUAUAUUCACAGGUUAUCGGGUGGGUCGGUUUUGUUGUUUCAUUAGUGGUUUGGCCAACAUGGCACUCAUUCUAUCCAUCAAAGAAUUAUCAACUUAGACUCUUGAUUAUAUUUAUUGCUUUUAUUCCAACCUUUAUUAUUUUGACUAUUUCAUUUGAAUUAUUAUUUUAUGUUGGUUAUUCAUUGAUUUUACUCCAAUGGUUAAAUAUUGAAGAAUUAUUAAAGGUUGACAUUUCUAUUCUUGACAAACAAUCAGGUACUGUGCCUAAAGGUUAUUGGUUGCAAGUUAUUAGAAUAUCUAUCGUUGGGUUCUUUUUCUUACAAUUGGCAUUCUUUGGUACAGGUAACAUUGCAUCUAUUUCAUCAUUUUCAUUAGAUUCGGUAUACAGAUUGAUUCCUAUUUUUGAUCCAUUCCCAAUGGGAGCAUUAUUAAUGCUUAAAUUAAUAAUUCCUUAUGUUUUAUUAUCUACUUGUUUAGGUAUAAUGAAUCAUAGAUUGGAUAUUAAAAAGUUUACUAUUUCAACUUUAAUUAUUUCUACAAGUGAUUUCCUUUCUUUGAAUUUCUUCUUCUUGGUAAGAACUGAAGGUUCAUGGUUAGACAUUGGGGUAAGUAUUUCAAAUUAUUGUCUUGCCAUAUUAUCAUCAUUAUUCAUGCUUAUUUUAGAAUUGGUUAGUUCAAUAGUUUUACAUGGUGUAGACAUUGAAGAUCCCCAUGAAAUUGAAAACGCAAAGAUAAAAGGUGAAUCAAUAGGUGCAAGGGUAAGAAAUAGAAGGAAGAUCGAUUAAAAAGACUAUAUCCUUAACUUCUUAGGAAAAGUAUAUUAUAAUAAUAAUUAGGUUAAUAAAAAAAAAGUACA